AUGGCUUAUUCCGUCUCCCCCUUCAACACCAUCAAUGAAUGGGUCUUCGGACACGCCGUUCACUCCGUUGCGGUUUUAAUGCUCGUUGUCCCAUUGUUUUAUAUUGUCAUCAACGAAUUCAUCCGCUAUUCCGCCAGACUGCCUGGUAUAUCUGGACCGGUCGGCUUUCCGUUGGUUGGGAACCUCUGGUCCAUCCGGAAAAACGCUGCAGAGCAGUACAGAAUCUGGUCUCUGAAAUAUGGAGAUGUGUAUCAAGUGUCACUUGGAAAUGUGCCAAUAAUCAUUGUCAACUCUGCGGAGGCAGCAAGAGGUCUUUUUGGGCAGCAUACUUCGGCCCUAAGUUCGAGACCAGAGUUUUACACGUUUCAUAAAGUACUCACUGGUACGGCCACCACGGUUGGUACUACUCCGUAUAGCGAGAGCUUGAAAAGACGCCGCAAAGUCACAGCGUCAGCGCUUAAUCGCCCAUCUGCGCAGAAAUAUGCCUCUCAUCUCGACCUCGAAACCCAGGACUUCUGCAGGGAUUUACUUGCCGAGGGCGAGUGGGGAAAGAAGGCUUUUGAUUGUUAUCCAUGUGCUCAGCGGCUCAGCUUAAGUCUUGCAUUGACGACUAACUGGGGCAUUCGGUUGGACUCUCGUGAUGAUAGGCUUUUCAAUGAGGUGAUUGAAGUGGAAGACCAGGUGAGCCGCUUCAGAAGUGUGACUGGUAACUUACAAGAUUAUAUUCCACUCUUGAGGUUAAACCCAUUCAACCAAAAGACGAUCAAAGCCAAGGCUACACGCCGUCGACAAGAUGCUUACCUUGACCAACUGAAUCAAAGCCUUCUUGAUCGGAUGGAAAAGGGCGCCCAGAGUCCCUGCAUUCAGGAAGCGAUCAUUAAUGAUCCAGAAAUCCAACUGAGUGAAGAGGAAGUUACCAGCAUAAAUCUAACCAUGAUAUCCGGAGGUCUCGAUACGGUCACCACAGCCCUGGCCUGGCUUAUAGCCGUGUUGUCCAAACGCCCGGACAUCCAAGAAACUGCCUACCGAGCAAUUCGAGAGGUGUAUCCAGCAGAGAGUCCCUUCUGUGAUGCGAAUGACGACCAGAAGAUUCCGUACAUCGUGGCUCUUGUAAAAGAAGGGCUGAGGAUGUAUACGGUACUCAGACUGAAUUUGCCACGAACUUCCAUCAAAGAAGUAAGCUAUAAUGGCAUGUCCUUUCCCAAGGGAACUACAUUCUUUUUGAACGCCCACGCCUGCAAUAUGGACCCAAAGUUGUGGCACGAUCCUGAACUCUUCCGACCAAGCCGCUGGCUAGAACAACCAGACGCCCCUUUGUUCACAUAUGGCAUCGGCUACCGUAUGUGUGCCGGCUUUUUACUAGCGAAUCGGGAGCUAUAUCUUAUUAUUAUGCGGCUUAUCAGCUGUUUCAAGAUCACACUCGAGGGGGACGUGGACAUUGAUCCAGUUCGAGGCACGGCUGAUCCAACCAAGCUGGUCGCACAGCCUCAUAGGUUUCAAGUAGCCUUCGUUCCAAGGGAUGAGAAGCUACUCCAGAAGGCGUUGGAAGAGUUUACACCAAUUCAAUCAAAAUGA